CUCGCAAAGCGCGGCUAGGCGCAACCAAGAGGAAUGCUUGUCUUGUUUGUGUCCCCCGCGGAUAUGCCAUUUUGAUCACCUUUUUGCUCAUGACCCCCCGCGCUGGCAUCGGCCUCCGAGUGGCGCGCAUCUCAUUUCGUCAGAAUUUUCUCGUCUCCUCCGAUCGAAAUUUUCGCCAGGCCAUGCUCCGAGGCUCGCUUGCUGUUCGGCGGUAAAGGUAUCAAGCGAUGCUGUCAUGCCCGCCAGCCUUCGGCCUUGCCUCUUUGGCAAAAACAACACCACCUCAUCUUGGCGAGCGCCAUAUCCCGUUCAGUGUCGUAGGCCAUCACCAGCCCUUGGCCUGGGCACAGGUCAAGGGCUCCUUGGCAGUGCCUCUCCCAUGAAGGAUAUUAAGCCCGUGUCGCCGUCUUCAGUUUGCGUUUUCCCCUAUUCAUCAUCAGCAUCAAGCCUUAUCUAGAGUCGAGAGCUACAACUCCUCUCAUCAUCAUAACCAUCAUCUCCACCGCUGCGGAUAUCAGCCCUAUCCAACAGCCAGCCAACCAACACCGAACCAAACAAUACCAUAUACCGCAGGAAACACAUUAAAGCCUACGUUAUGGCUUCAACACUAGUGGCGUUAGAACUCCCCCACGACACUUUAUCCGACCUCCACAAUGACCCCCUAUCCCACCUGCACAUGUCGCUGAGUCGCGCCCACACCCUGCACGGCGACAGCCCCGCCUGCUUGACGCCAUCGCAGUCGUCAAUGUCCUUCUCGGCCCCCCACAAGAAGCAGGCAGCCCAGCAGGUCGACUGCGCCGUCCACGACGCGCUGGAGCGACACGUCUCGCAGCAGCUGCCGCCGUACAAGCCCGUGUCGCAGCGCAAGCUCAGCCGCGAGGCCCGCAGGCCACGUUGGCUGCGCGAGUGCAUCGCAGAGCUCCUGGGCGUCUUCUUCUUCGUCUUCCCCGGCCUGGCCUCCAUCGCCGCCUUCACGAUCCACCACUCACUCGAUAAGGACAGCGCCUCGGCCUUUGGCUCCAUCUUCCAGAUCGGCUGGGGCAUGGGCAUGGGCGUCUCCUUCGCCGUCAUCACGUGCGCCCCGACCAGCGGCGGCCACUUCAACCCGGCCAUCACGCUCUGCCUGGCGCUCUGGCAGGGGUUCCCCUGGCGCAAGGUCCCGCGCUACAUCGUCAGCCAGAUCCUGGGCGCCUUCCUAGCCGCCCUGACCAUCCUCGCCAUGUACUGGACGCACAUCCAGGACAUGAUCGCCCGCCUCGUGGCCGAGGGCAAACCCCUGGUCGGCGGCGGCAGCCCGGCCUCCAUCUUCGCGCCGUACCCCAACGCCGACCAGCAGAGCAUGCUGCACGUGCUGCUGAUCGAGUUCUUCGCCGACGCCUUCAUCGCCGUGGUCGUGUGGGCCGCCCUGGACCCGUCCAACCCCUUCAUCCACCCGGCCUCGAUCCCGUUCGUCAUCGGCAUCGCCUACGCCGACAUGAUCUGGGGCUUCGGCGCCGUCACCCUCAGCACCAACCUGGCCAGGGACCUGGGCUGCCGCAUGGUGGCCGGCAUCCUCUUCGGCUCCGAGGCCUUCACCCACCGCAACUACGCCCCGAUCGGCAUGCUCGUCAACAUCCCCGCCACCCUGCUCGGCACCGCCGUCUACGAGCUCGCCCUCCGCGACAGCCUCAUGGUCAUUGGCAAGGGGCACGCGAGGCACGCCGACGGCGAGGCCGCCCUCUUCACGCAUAUGCGGAAGGCCAAGCUGCUCGACGAGGAGCAGGGCAUCAAGUGCUGAUUCGGGACUUUGCGACACCCCCUUUGGGGUGAUAUUCACCACGGGGCGUCGCGAGAACGAUAUUUCUUGUUUGCCAGUCUUCUUCACUCAGCCUCUUCUACUCAAUAUUGUUCAUCUUUAUUAAUAUUUGCGCCUUUUUAUUUUCCUUUUUUUAUGGAGAUACCUUGCUGUUUGUUUAUUUUCUUUUUCCUUAUGAGACUAUGCAGCAUGGAACGGAUCGAAAAAGACGGAUUAGAACGCAUUUACAAGGAGUACUUCAUAUUAGAUUUAGGUGUAGAAUCUCUCAAUUCAUACCUUCUCCAUUUCAGCCAACGGCCUCAUAAUCCCCUUCGUCCCCACCACCCUCCUCAUAAAUCCACGAGCGAUUAUAGUCCACCCAGCCCCCGACCAUCAAGGAAAGCCAAACAACGUCCCAGCGCAGGGCGCCGUCGACGAGUUUACAGUUUUGCGCAAGCGACAGCACCAGGCCCCCCACCCGCUUGGCCCACUCGACAUCGCGCGCCGACGAGGUCCCGUCGUCGGCGCCCUUGACGACGGCGCCGGCCCUGCGCAUGAAGGCGUCCAGGCGGCGCAUGGCCUCACCGCCGAUCUGGCCCUCGAGAUGCGCCACCACGCCGUCGACGGUGCGGCACCACGGCGAGCCGGCGUGGGGCUUCCCCCGCUCGCCCUCGCCGUCACUGCUGCCGCUGCCGCCGCCGCCGCCCAACGUGACCGGCCAUGGGUCGUCGGCGGGCGAGCUCGCCCAGUACAAAAGGGGCGAAGAGCCACGGCGGGCGACGACGCGGCCGUAGCGCAGGUAGUGGGCCCGGCACCUCUCGAGGCGGGGCAGGAAGCCCGGGUCACCGACGUGCUCGGAGCGCGCAAAGACGCGGCGCAGGCAGCGGCCGUAGUUUGGCGGCUCCACCAUAAGGUCCAGCAGCCCCGAUCCUCCCGCCGCCCCAGUCCCCUGCUGCGGAUCCCGCCGCCGGGUCUCGGGCGCAGCAGCAGCAGCAGGAGCAGCAGUAGCUCCCGCCACCGCCUCCUCCUCCUGCCUCGCGCCGCCGCGCUCGGAGCCCUCAAACACCUCGACCGUCUGCGUCAGGCAGGCCCAGAAAAUGCAGCCCGCAAAGGUCGGCAUGCCCUCGUUGAGGUAGUACUGGAUCACGGCGGGGUUGCACGAGAGGUUCCCCAGGGGCGCCGCGUCGUCGCCGCCGCCACAGUCGUCGACGUGGGAUGAAGAUGCGAGGAUCGUUGUCUUGUUGGGGACGUCCGACGGGGCGGCUUCAUGCAGACAAGUGCCGGCGCCGCUGCCAGGCGGUGGUGGCGGGGUUGGGGCGCUGCUGGCAGCCGGGUCCCCCUGCGUGGCCACCACGACGUGACGCGAGUCGGCCGCCGCCUCCACUGCGGCGUCCUGUCGAAUUGCCUCCCCGCUGGGCCGCGCGCGACUGUCCAUGCGACACGCAUCGGGCUCGUGGCCGGCUCCCUGCUGCUGCUGCUCCGUGGUGGCCCCAUCGCUCGUGUCGUCGCGGCAGAGCCCCGUCGCUUCCGCGAGGAUGGCCGCGACCUCGGCGCUUAGGAGCCCCUGGGCCUGCAGGGUGCUGUCGAGGCGGGAGAUGAUGCGGCACAGGGCCUUGUUAUCCUCCUGGAGCUUCCGGAACCUGGACGCGUGUCGCUUGCGGUAGGCGCGCUGCGCGAGCUUCCCCCGCUCGCUGCGGCGCGUUUUCCGCUCCCGAGUGUCUGGCCCUGUUGCUGCCUGUGUUGGCUGCGAGCCCGUGCUUGGAUCGUCAUUGCCGGUCAUGGUGCCUCUGAUUUAUCCCCGAUGGGCUGCUUGGAGGCUUGGUAAAGCCGAGUUGGCCAUGCGAAGACAUACUCAGCCAGUGCUGACCCUGAUGGAGCCAUUGGGAGCUUUUGUUUCUUUCCCAGGAACCCUUCGAUACAGACUGCCCAGCUCGGUGACAAAGCUGAGAGCGAUAACGUUAUGCGGGGCCCAGUGGGCCCAGUGGGCCCGUCAAAGGAAUGGCUAAACAGGAAGGGAAUAACGUCUACAGUGUAAAGCAUCGGGGCUAAAAUCAUGCUUGCUAUUCCGUCAUUCUUUGCUGCAAAGCCACAACCGCGUUGUGGAGGAGGCGACACCAGCGCUAGCUUACAAUAAUAAAUCACCGGCACCCAAAUCGAGCAAGGGGAUGGACGUAAUUUCCCUGUUUCCACUUGGACGAAGUAAUACCCUAUGAAGGGCGCAAUUCCACACAGGAUAGAAUCAUGAGUCGCAGCCAUGCGCGAGCGUUGACGGAUGGCGCCCAGCUCAGACAAAUAGGCCGAAGAUUAAGCCUGAGGGGAGAGUGCACCUCGAAUGUUGGGGGGGGGGGCUCUCCACCAAACAAGCCUCGGGUCGUUCGCGGGGGAAAGCUUGGCACGGCUGCAAUUCCCUCCACCCUCCAUACGAGGCCCGUCGAUCUGGCAACUAUCAGUCCUUCUUCAUCCGCUUCCCCAGCCUCGACCAUUCAACGAUUCGUGCAACAUUGCAGAGAAUGUCCUUGCGGCCCUUUGAAUCGUCCUGAUUGAGCCAGGCGGUCGGUUUGACAGUGAUGAUGUCCAUCUUUGGAUCCCUCACAUCGUUCACGGUCCCAUCAUAAUAUGUAGCUGGUAUGUGAACCGACAAGAAGCAGACAUAGUUGCGGAUGGCAACGAUGGUGAUGACGGUGCUAGAAGGAAUGUUAGUUGCGAUUGAUAGAAUAUAAUGUAAAGAAGCGGA